GUCGCUUUAAGUAUACGUCAUCAGUCAGCGACAAUAUGGUUGUUUUAUGUCACCUCUUAAAAAACAGCAGCUCGGCUCGUUUUCUUUUAGGUGCUGCUAGCUUCCCAGCAUCGCCCUCUGUGAGAGUAAAGUUACUUUCCUCCUGAAUAAACCAAACAGAACCUAAAGGCCCAGAGGAUGCUGUCCACUCGCUCCACUGUCUUGUCUCUCUACAUGCGUGUGUUCCGCAUCGCCCGGGCCUGGCAGGCUCAGACCUGCAUCGCAGCAGACACAGAGAGCGAAAGAAAGUACAUCCUGCAGGAGGCCGGUACUUUGUUCAGGCAGAACCAGCAGCUCACAGAUCAAGAAUCAAUAAAGAGGUGUAUGGAAGAAUGUGAAGCAAGGAUAGAAAUAGGUCUACAUUACAAGAAUCCAUACCCAAGAGCUACGCAUCUUCCACCUAUGGGGCUGGCCACACAGAAGGGCAGGAAGCUGCGCGUUCAGCAGCGCCUCAGGAAGCAGGCCAAACCAGUUUACCUCCAGUCGCACGACGAGACCUGAGGGCUGAAUCCCUGGACCCUGUCCAUGGCUCAGGUUGCAGAUAGGACACCGGAGUACAGACUACAGGCGAUGUCAGUUUCUCCAAGCAAUUACUGACCCGAGAGCAGUUGUCAUUAAGGAGAAAGAAACCACUGUUUUUAUUAUUCUUUUUCUGUCAAAGUGUCAGUAAAAAGUGAACAGUUGUGUUCAGCUCAGGGAGGCUGUUGCUGCAGCGAGUCCAGUUACUGUACAUUUUAUUUAUCAUGAUGUUUAAAAAUAAGAACUAAUUUAACCAAUAAAGUGUCUCAAUGUUCUGUA